UCGUGAACAUCAUCUUUGCGCAGCACGUACGCCGUCAAAACAGAAAGCAGCCUGUAUACGCUAUUUUCCUUGUGCCGUUCGCUUAUUAAUGUGCCAGGUUAUGUCGCAUCUGUUUUAAACAAAAAGAAGCAUUCGAUCAUUACCGGCUAGACGUUAUGGCAUUGCGGGCGUGCGGUUUUGUCAUUUUUCGGCGUUUGGCCCAGCAACCUCCCCCUGAUAAUAUAGAGUUCCUGUUGCUGCAGACGUCCUAUGGGGAACACCACUGGACACCACCCAAAGGUCAUGUUGAUCCAGGAGAGGACGACUUCACCACCGCCUUGAGAGAGACACAGGAAGAAGCGGGUUUAGGUAAAGCUCACCUGCGUAUGGUCGAUGGCUUCCUGCAGAGGUUGUACUAUAAAGUCCGGGGAAAAGACAAAGAGGUCCUCUACUGGUUGGCUGAGCUCCGUGACCCGAACACACAGGUCAUUCUCUCAAACGAACACCAGGAUUACCGCUGGGCCAAACUAGAGGAAGCCUGCAAGCUGGCAAAAUACCAGGACUUACAGGACACACUUACAGCAGCACAGCGGUAUCUAGAAACACAGGGCAAACAGUAACAUAUACACUUGACAUUUAGACACUGAAAGAGUUGAAUGCUUGCAUUCAUCUUUAUAAAACUGUGUUAGGAUGUUGAAUUAAUGACGGUUUAAAUGAGGACCCUGAUUGUGUUGUAUGAAAUUUGACUGUGGGUCAAGACAUUUGACUUCUGUCCUUUUUGCAUCUCCACUUGCUAAGCUGAAUUUAAUUUGAAUUCAUAAUAGGUCGCUUCCCAAGUAGUUAAAAAUGUUAAGACAAACUCACAACCUCUAAUUCUCCACCAACAAACAAAACAAAGCUGCCAUUCAUUCCAAAGAAUGUUCUGGGUUCAAAACGAGGUAAGCUCUAACGCUCUAAUUACCACGGAAAAUCAUUUUGAGAAGCCCCACCAUAAAAAAACUAACACACGUACUUAAAAUUGAUAGACUACAGGGCUUGUAAGUGGAUUAUGACACCAUUAUACAGUUUUUUUUUUUUUUUCUGCGGUAAUCAACAGUGCCUUAUAAAACGUAUACUGUAUUUAACCUAAAAAAUUAUUUUAAGAAGGCAAGUAUUGAGAUGCUGCAGUUUUUAGUAAUUUCUGUACACACACAGACAUUAUAAAAUCUCAUUGUCGCUUUUCCACAAACGUUUUUCCACAUACUGUACAGUUUUUUGGUGUUUAGGGUCCAUCAGAAAUAAUCUAUAAACUGUAUGCAGGUUAUUUUGCAACGAAUCCUGUAUCAUGCAGAUUGUCCUAAAUUAUAAACUAUAAUGAAACCAGUAAAUGAAAAACACUGUUUAAGAAUCAA